AUGGAAUGGGACUUUCGACCCCAAAGGCGUGGCCUGGGCUAUUGGUGGGGGCAAUUCAGUCAUGGGAAACUGGAGCACCGAAGUCCCACUGGCCGGUUUGGACAACGACUAGACAUGGUGGGCGAGGCAACACUGAGGAUCAAAAACCUGGAGUUGGAUGAUACUGGAAUCUACAAUACUCGUAUCUGGUUUACUAAGGCACAUUUUCAAGAAAAGCGUUUCAGCCUCACCGUUUAUGGUAAGUUACUGCUUUCACUGUUUGGCUCAUGGAAUAGGAUCAGCACCAUUUUGCAACAUUAGCACUGGGAGAGGUGGGACCCAAAAUUUAUGCUGUUUUCAUUUGUGUUCCACAGAGCCAGUGCCAACACCACAGAUACACCACCAAGUGGAAUCCAAGACUCCAGAUGGAUGUAAUGUGACCUUGCGAUGCCUCACACCUGGAAGGGAAGAUCUCAGUAUCUCCUGGGAAACAGGGGGUCCACACAGGGCCUUAGGAAAGAGUGUGAAUCAGUACCAGGUUUCUGACAAUGGCCGGGAGCUCCGUGUCUCCUUCUGGAACAGUUCUUUGGGCUCCAAAUUCACCUGCCUGGUCAGCAAUCCUGUUGAUCAAAAGAGAGCCUCCUUUGACUUGCUCAACAUCUGCCAGAGUGAUGAAGGUGAGCAAUAUAUCCUUUCCUUCAUUAUCCAGAGGAGGUCUUUGUGGUGGCGAAAAGGCAGGCUAGCCCUUAACAUGAGGGGUUUGUAUUAAUAAAUGCUGCUUUUUGAGUGCUUGUGAGCAGAAAUGGAGCAUACACAGAGCUCCUUGAAGACUGAUCUGAUCCUGUGAAUUGCUGCUGCUGCCCCCAUCUUCACCUUUUCCUGCCUUAAGAAAUGGAUUCAGAGCAGGAAAGUGUUUCCGACAGGCAUUCACAGCCCAAAUCAUUGCAAUACAAAGGGGAAAGAUUAGAAACACGUGCUUAUCUCUUGUUAUUUAUUCUACUGCUCUCAGCCAGGUGUGAGCAUGAGGCUCUGAGUCUUGGGAUCAUGGGAUCAAGCCACAUCUUGGGCCAAAGAUUCCUGCAACGCAGAGGGAUGGACUAGAUGACUCUAGUUGUCCCUUCCAACUCUACAAUUCUAUGAUUCUGUGAGACGCAUUCUGGCAAUUGUUAUUAGAGUAUGUUUUGAGAAACUCAAACUUAAGAAAUGGAUUCAGAGCAGGCAAGUGUGUCUGGCAGGGCAUUCACAGUCCUGAAUGGGACAGAUCAGCAACACUUGCUUAUCUCUUGUUAUUUAUUAUACUCCUCUUGGCCAGGUGUGAGCAUGGGGCUCUGAAUCUUGGGGUAAUGGGUUCAAGCCACUCCUUGGGCCAAAGCAUCCUGCAAUGCAGGGGGUUGGACUAGAUGACUCUAGUUGUCCCUUCCAACUCUACAAUUCUAUGAGAGUCAUUCUGGUGUUUGUUAUUGGAGUAUAUUUUGAGAGACUCUUAUUGCUCAUUGCAGGUGGACAAUUUGGACUCUUGAGUUGGAGUCCAUUGCUUAUCUCUUCUGUCAUAGUUCUUCUGGUGAUAUUGGUGAUGGAGAUGCGCUGGAAGAUCAUAUUUAAAAGGCGUAGAAGAGGUAGGACCAUCUCUAUGGAUCUUCUUCCCAUCUCUCCUGAGAUGGGGGCUUCCUGCCUAAUAUACAUCUACCUUUCUUUUGCUUAUCCUGAGAGGCAGAGACUGGUCAGUGCCAUGGACUCAAUAAUGUGUCUCAUUUUGCACUCUACAGGUGAUCUCUCUGUGAACUCAAAGAGGAGCCACACAGAAGAUGGUGAUUAUGAGGUGAGAUGAUCGGUGUGCAAAGGAAUGAAGGCGUCAUUGGUAGAUAAUAACAAUGAAAGUAUCUGAUACAUUUGGGAUGAAUUUAUUACCUUAUUAUUAUUAAAGUUGCAAUCUGUUAUUUUUAAAGAAACAACAGUAAACGCAACAAGAAACAGAUUUCAAACAGGCCAGUGGCCCGAUAAUAAAUGGCCAUCAAUUUGGCACAACCCGUCCCUACGAACCAUCUCUGCUCGUCUGCAGGAGGCUUCUCUUAAAAUUACCUUUCGCUGGCACAGGACUUCAUCACAUCGAGCCAAAAUAUACUCUAGCAUCUCUCCCUUAUGCUGGAAAGGCUCAUAGUUCCAUUUAUGAUGGAGCUGCAUGUUGUAAUACUCCUUUUUGGAAAAGGUGUUUCACGCUGUUUCCAAAAUUACGCAGCAAUUCCUUCCUUGCCUUGUUAACAUUAGACUCAAAUUUAAACAAUAACUUUAAAUGCAGAGACUUUGUAUUUUUACAAUUAUCAGAAGCCUAAUAGCAAGAGGCCAAUACUGGAAACAACCUAUAGAAAUCCCCACUGAAAUCUGGGUAAAUAACAUUUGGAAUGUGGCUCUAUCUGAACGUCUUACUCACCAUAGAAGGGUAAUUAAAGGCACUUAAUAGACACUUUUGGCGAGACUUUGCUGCCAUUCUAUUCCUUUAUAAAAUGAGACAGAGUAUACUUUUAUUCCACACACAGCAUAAGAAUCUCUAAGGAGAGGAUACUUGAACUGACAAUGCAUAAGUAAAUGUAUUGUUUAUGUACUGUGUGCUGCACAUGAAACUUAAUAAGAAUAUACCAUUGGACAAGUUAUUGUAGUUACAUGUUGUCCUUGUAUUUACAUUAAACUAAUAAAAAAUUAUUUGGAUUAAAGAAACCAAAAACAGGCCAAUGACCCAAAACUCCUGAUCAAAAGACCUAACAAAUGAAUUAUGGCACAAGGGGAGGCAGGCAGCUUGUGCAAAGAUCCUGUUCCCAUCAGGGAAACAUGCAUGCCCUUUAGCAUGAAUAAAGUGAGCAGAAUUGAACCCUCCCCUCUCCAGCUAGUGAAUGGAGAAUCCAGCCCUCUGGACACAGGGCUCUGCUUCCCACUUCCUCCCCCCCAGUGAACCCAACAGGAUUGCGUUCUCCCCUCACCAGCUGUUCUGGACUCUCCCCAAAAUACUAAUUUUAUCCUUUUAUCAAUGAUAAUAACUGAGUGCUGGAGAAUGGAAAUGACAUAUUUUUGUCAAUUCCAAAUGGCCAAUUCCACCCACUCUCUUAGGGACUUAGUUAUGGCAUGUUCUCCAGUGGAACUAGAAAGCAAGCCCUAAAGGCUGGAACAGAGGUGCAGGGAAGAUGCAAAUGGGUAUCCUUUCUUAGAGAACUCUGGACCUGGACGGGACUUUAAUUUUCUCCAGGGUUCAGGGGAGCCCAGAUGCCCAGAAAUUCUUUUAGGAGUUGAAUCCCCAGAGUCCCACCUGUCAUAUUUUUUCUCCAAUGCAGAUUGAACACUGCAUCCCACAGAUCAACAUGGGAGAUCAGCCACAUCUCCUGCAGAAACUGCCAAGGAAUUCAUUGAAGGUUCCUCAGGGGAAAGACCCAUUGAAGACUCUGAAAGCUGCCAGUUGA